AUGGUCAAUCGACGUGUUCCAACUGUGGGUCGCCUGGUAGUAGACCUGGUGGCGUUUAAUCUACUUCGAGAGGCCUCUCUGUACUACAUCCACCGAGGCUUUCACCACCCGGCCGUCUACCAGUACGUCCACAAGGUGCACCACCAGUGGCAGACGCCGGUGGCGCUGACGGCCAUUUACUGCCAUCCCGUGGAGCACUUGGGGCAGAAUUUGCUGCCGGUUCUCCUGGGGCCGGCGGUGAUGGGCAGCCACAACCUGGUGGCCUACCUUUGGAUCGGCUAUGUUAUCUUCGAGAGUGUCUACCUGCACUGUGGCUAUCAGCUGCCCGGCUGUCCCAUUUCUCCGGUGUUUCAUGAUUUUCAUCAUUUAAAAUUUAACGUCAAUUACGGCGUCUUUGGCCUUUUUGAUUGGCUCCACGGAACGGACAAGGCUUUCCGGGAGUCUCCCUUUUACCGGUUGCAGAAGGCGCCGUACUUUAGUUUUACGCCGCCAGCUGAGCUGCUUUACGAUGCUGAGAAGAUGAAGUAG